GGGGUGGACUUUGGGCCCGUUCCGUUUAUUCCGUCCACAUCUCCUCUUCAACAGCUGCCGUGCACUCUUGUCUCACUCCUCUGACCGACCUGCAGGGAAGCGGAGAGACCCGGACAGAGGGAGGAGACCGACCAGAGACAGACCUGGGCCAAGGAAGAGGCAGAGGCUGCAGCCCGCCUCCCUCUGUCUCCCCAGCCUGCCUUAACCGCCCUCCUCAGCCAAAGCCCCUUCGAAUUCCCCUGGGGCUCAGCCCCUCCCCUUCUCUGGGGCCCCAGGCUCCCCUCGGGGCCUGUGUCCCACCAUGUCGGUGGCUGUGGAGAUCUUCGGCUUCUUCGUCGCAGCCCUGGGGCUGCUGAUGCUAGGGCUGACCCUGACACACAGCAACUGGCGAGUGUCCAGCAUGGAUGGGAACAUCAUCACCACCAGCGCCAUCUUCGAGAACCUCUGGUAUAGCUGUGCCAGCGACUCCCUUGGAGUCUACAACUGCUGGGAGUUCCCGUCCAUGCUGUCCCUCUCUGGAGAAUCCAUCAGUCGGCCCCUCCCCAGGCCAGGAGGGGAUGACAAGACACCCUAUGCAGUGCAGCUCCCAUGCCCUCCCUGGGCACUCCCAUGCCCUCCUUACACCACGCCAUGGUGCAAGGAGGGGCCCCAACUGGGACUGCUGCUUGAAACCUCUCGGGACAUCCAGGCCUGCCGGGCGCUCAUGAUCACCGCCAUCCUCCUGGGCUCCCUGGGCCUCUUCCUAGGCGUGGUGGGGCUGCGCUGCACGAACAUUGGGGGCCUGGAGCCCUCCAGGAAAACCAAGCUGGCGGCCACCGCAGGGGCGCUACACCUACUGGCUGGGCCUAGUGCGGUUCUCCUCUCCCUCCCCCAGGUGUCUGUGGGAUUGUGGCCAUCUCCUGGUACGCCUUCGGCGUCACCCGGGACUUCUUCGACCCCUUGUACACCGGAACCAAGUACGAGCUGGGCCCCGCCCUCUACCUGGGCUGGAGCGCCUCCCUGCUCGCCAUCCUGGGUGGCACCUGCCUCUUCUCCAACUGCUGCCGCUCUCGGGAAGAGGACCACGGCGCCAGCAUCCGGCUUCCCUACAAGGACCCGGCAAUGCCCGCCAAAAGCCUCGCUGCCCGCCUGCCCACCUCGGCCUCGGAUGAAGAAGACGACAGCAGCUUUGGCAAGUACGGGAAAAACGCUUACGUGUAGGUGGCCUGGCCUGUGGACCCCAUUCCCUUCCCACUGCCCCCAGUGGGGAGGGGUCCCCGUAAACCCGGGGCUGCUGGCGCAGGCCCCUGCUCGCGGUAACAAGCUCAGGGCCAAGCCACGCUUCAGGCUCCGCCCCGUGCCCGGAAGCCGCGCCCAGUUCUGACCUCAGGCCCCGCCUUCCCCGUCGGAGCUCCGCCCUGGUCACGCCUCUUUCUUCUGGCCGCCUCGAUCCUCUCAGGCCAAGAACCCGCUUCCUGAGAACUCACCUUUGGCCCCUGAGGCUGGACCCCUGUUGACCUUCUGAGUCUGGGUUCUGGGCCGUUAAGGGGCGGAGGCGUCCCCGAGUGUUUGCGGUCUGUAUAAAUACUUGCAUAAAUAAAUUUGUAUUGCGAACUGUUCGGGGGGGUAAAGUGUCAUGAGGCAGUUGGCCCAGCAAGGGGUGGCUGAGGCAGCACCCAGGGUCGCCUCAGUUCCUGGACUCCAGGCUGUCACCUGUUCUCCUCUCCAUCGCCUUUGGACUGUCCCAUCCAGCAGAAGAGGAGAGGAGUGGCAGGUGAUUUCUAGAGUGUGGCACUGUUACAACUACCAAUAAGGGCCAUCAAGGAGCAGAUAAGGAAUAUCCAGCUCUAGGAACUGGAAUAGCAGAGAUACCCUCUGGCCAGACUGAUAACAGAUCACUCCUUUUACUCUGGACCUUUCUCACAGCUGUACAAGGAGACAGUUGGUCUAGAGCAGAGUUUCUUUACCUGGGCCUGAGAGUGGAUAUCAGAAACUGACAAGCCCUUUGAAACUGUGUCAAAUCAACCAGGC